AUGACAUUCCCAUUUCCAGGGAUAGCUAUUGCGGUCCUACUACUUGCGCUGCUCUUCGUCCCUGUUCUGAUCAAGUGCUAUACACCUCUGCGACACAUCCCUGGACCGUGGCAUACCUCGUUCUCGAACCUGGCCCUGAAAAUCGCAGCAGUCACCGGCAACCGCGUCCACUACGUCCACAAGCUCCACCAACACUAUGGGCCAGUCGUCCGCAUUUCUCCAACCGAAGUGGCCGUGAACGACAUCGAGGGCUUCAGAGAGAUCCAUCGCAUCGGCUCAGGCUUCAACAAAAGCCCAUGGUACCAGGAACUGGCCUUCGCGGAACGCCCGGGCGUGUUCGCCAUGACCGAGCCAAAGCAGCACGCCGCCCGCCGCAAGAUGUUUGCUCGUGCAUUCAGCAAGACCUUCCUGCGGCAGAACUGGGAAUGGCUCGUAUUGGAGAAGUCGCGACUUGCGGUGAGCAGAAUUAGGGCGGAGGCAGAGCACGGGACGGCGGAUGUUAUGAAGUGGUGGAUGUUCCUGGCCACGGACGUGUCGACGCAUCUGAUGUUUGGGGAGUCGUUUAGGACACUCGAGUCCGGAGAGAAAAGCACCUAUAACCGUAUCCUCGAGGCCGCCCUCCAGGGCAGUGGCAUUUGCGCGGAAUUUCCCAUGCUGCGAUCUUUCUUCCGCGCUCUUCCUUUCCGACAGGCGCAAGAGAUGUUCAACGCGGACGCGAUGCUGAGCGAGUAUGCCGCCGUAGCUGUCCGGAACAGCAAGAACAUCGGGACUCGUUCGAACAUAUUCCACACCAUGAUAAGCGAAGCCGAGGGCGGUGAAAACACCCAGCUGACAGAUUUGGACGUAAAGCUAGAGGCCAGCAAUCUCAUUGUUGCCGGGUCGGACACGACGGGCAUUACACUGACGUAUCUAACGUGGGCAGUGCUACAGCGGCCCAAGUUACAAGCCGCCAUCGAGGAAGAGGUAGCGACGUUGCAGGGAAACGUCUCGGAUGCAGAGCUUGAACGCUUGCCCUUGCUGAAUGCGGCAAUCGAGGAAACCCUGCGGCUCUACGGUGCCGCGCCCGGCGGCCUUCCGCGGAUUGUGCCAUCUGGCGGCGCCACGCUGGGCGAUCAUUACCUCCCAGCAGGCGUCACGGUAACGACCCAAGGCUGGUCGCUGCACAGAGAUCCGAAUAACUUCCUAGAUCCGGAGAGGUUCGACCCAUCGCGGUGGCUGCCCAACGGAGGGGAGAAGCUGUCCGAUCGCGGAAAGGCGGCAUUCUCUCCAUUUGGAGCGGGUGCAAGAAUUUGUUUGGGCGUUCACCUGGCCCGCAUGGAGCUUCGGAUUGCUGCGGCAUUGUUCUUCCAGGAGCUGAAGGGGGCUCGGCUUGCGCCAUCUGCGACGGAGGGAUGCAUGGACGUGGUGAACUACUUUCUCAUCGCUCCAAAAGGGCAUAAAUGCGAAAUUACGUUGCAUCAGGCAAACACGCAGGAGAUAGCGUCAAAAGACUCGUAG